CUGUGUGUGUAGUUGUGUGUACAAGAGUGGAACUGCUGGUGGUGAAGUCAGCCUUGAACACUUGUUCACAGCCUCUAACAAACACACUGUGAGCUUCCCUGACUCUACUCAUCGACACCUGGCAGCUCUCAACACACAAGCAUCAAGGAAAUGAGUUCGAACCAAGGACAUUCGACAAGAAUUUUGAUCAUCGGGAAAACCGGAAAUGGCAAAAGUACUGUGGGGAACAUCAUCCUCCGCCAGAAGAUGUUUGCUGUUGGGACUGGGAUGGCGUGUACUACGGUAUCCACGGCAACAAGAUCGUCAGCCAGGAAUGGCAGGAUUAUUGAAGUGACCGACACACCUGACCUAAGCAACCAGUACCACACGGUCGCUGAAAUUCAAGCGGAAGUGAAGAAGUGGAAGGGUGACCCCGAGACGACCCCAGACGCCGUUCUGCUGGCUGUUCGCUGUGAUGUUCGCUACACGGCCGAGGAGUUCGCCAUCUAUCAGCAAGUGAAGAAGAUAUGGGGUCACGACCUUUGUCGGCGGCUUGUGGUGGCCUUCACCUUUGGAGACCGGCAAGACCGUGACCUUGGUGAGGAGCUCGGGACUGUUUGUCACGAACUGAAAAGUGUGUUGAAGGACGCCUCGGAUAGGUAUGUCCUGUUCCGAGGACCAGCGAGCUCUGAAAAUGAAGGAGCAGUCGAACUGUUAUUGGAAAAAAUUGAUAAAUUAAAAAGACUGUUGAAGGACGCCUCGGGUAGGUACAGCAUGUUCCCCAGACCAGUGGGCUCUCAGAAGGAAGCAGGCAGAAAGUCACUAAAAACAAAUGAUGACUCACGCCAAAGUACCCUGUCGGUGAUUUGUAAAGGAUGUAGAGAUGUUCUACUUUUCAUAUGGUAUUUGAUAUUAUGGAUGCUGCAGGCUGUAUGUGAAUGUUUUCGGGGCCUCAUCGGGGGCUGGAAUAGAAAUCCUCCCUAUAGGCCGUUGUAGUAAUAAAUAAGGACACUGCCUAAUAACUCACAUUUGAAGACCGCUAACUGUGCAGAAAAAAUCUUAGUUUAGUGUUCAAUUACUUCAUUGUAUGUCAGUUUUCUACAUCUGUUGUCAAGAUAAGUUUGAUGUGACAUCUCAACUAAUCAUUUACUAUUUUAUCAGUGGAUCUAAUAACUUGGUCAAAACCAAUACCUCGGUAAUGUAAGGCCCUUUGGUGUUAAAAAGCUAUGACACUUUUCUAAUAAAAUUAUCUCAGAUACAAGAAGACAGGUAAACUUUAAUGUGGGUAAAUUGAGUCCACUAUUAGAACUGAUGCUGUGUUUUACACAUGGAGUGCUAUCAGGUAUUAGAAGCGUUAGCUGUGUAAAGAUUCCUGUCGUACCCUUAUAAGCAAUACAAAACAUAGCUGAAGUAUAAACUUACUUUUUAACACUGUUUUGUAAUGGUAUUUUACUGAUCCAAAUAAAAACUAAUAAAGUAUAUAUUACAGUUUAA